AUGCAUCAGCAUCGCACCAGUAGUGACCAGCAACGGAAUGCAGACUUGUCAAGUUCGGCAGUGUCGUCAUCAUCUCCAAAGGCCACCAAGGCCGACCAGCUGGUCCUCAACUUCCUCUCAAAGACUGCCCAAGUGAUUGUUCAAUCCCGACUGACUGAUGUUUCUCGUUUGGCUCGGCAUGCAGAUGGCCCGAGCUUCAAUACUCUCGAUAGUGUAUGUCCUGUUAAUAAUGCCGAUGUACAGGGCACAGUUGAUACUGGUGCAUAUCCUACAUCUGACCCUGCUUACCCAUACAUGGACGCUGCAGCAGUUGAUAAUCCAUCUAGAGCUUCAAGAGAUAGUCAUUCUGCCAGAAGUUCAUCUACUCAACCCAAUUCCCUGCCCUCAAAGCCCCGAAAGCCUAACAAGUGGUUCAAUUUGGAAAUGGACGAUGUCGAGCCUAUACGGGAAGAAAUGCGAUUCUGGAAGCUGCAUUCAACUGGCGGAGUUCAGUCACAUCCGUUGACUAUUCAGAUUUACCUUGAUAUUGGCGACUUGCCUCCAUCGCACAAUCUACUGCUAAAAAACAAGGCAUCUCAAAAGCGACUACGUAUUGGCAAGGAGUUUUUGACUGGCACUGAUACUGCAGGGCGUACAAUCAGAAAAACUAAAAUCAUUCUCGAGUCAUGGCAGCUUUCUGUUUCGCGAAAUGCUCCUGCAAACCCACCCGAUCUGCCAGUUGUUUAUAAAAAAUCAAUUGUAUUUUUUCGAUCGCUAUAUAGUAUGCUACGUCUCAUGCCAGCCUACAAUCUAUGUCGUAAACUUCGGUCCAUCAAAAACACCCCUUUUGCAAUCAUGUAUCGCAUAUCAACGACAAGAACCGUCUUUUUUGAUGAUGUCGGUCUCGAUGUAUUGCAUGUGAACAAUGAUAUGCGUAAGGGACUAGUGGAACAUACUUUUUCAGGAAUUGAAACUCCACUUGGAGUAAUCAGCCUUCAUGUAACAUACCGAGCAGAAUGUGAAUUUUCGCUUGGGAAUAUAGAACACAUUCUUGGAGAUCAAUAUGGAGAUAUUGAAGAAGGAUUCUUUUCUACUCCCUCAGAAUUCAACCCACAUCAUGAAAAUGAUUCAUUGGCAUCGAAUUCACACGGAAGUUCUGGUAGAACUCCAGCAUCAAUAGGAGAUCCAAACACAGUAGAUCGAAUGUAUACACAGUCUGCAAAAAAGGUUUCAAUAUCCAACCAGCCACUACACUAUCAGCCUUUUACACAUACUCCUUACUAUGGAAGUCUUGAUUCUGGCACAAGCAGCAGAUUCUCCCAUGAUAAACGGCGAGACACGGGCAGCUCCAACUUAAAUAGUCAGAUUGACGACACACAACAUAGUCAUGUUUCUUCAGCACACGAAGAAUUGCAUGCGACUCGAAGCAACUCUCGACUUUCAAUUUCAGGAGAGCGAAAAAAGUAUGUGGUUUUUACACCUCCAUAUGAAAUAUCUGCGCUACGAAAUCAAAAAAGACUGCAUUCAGCAUUUCUUCCUGAUGAACCGCCGCCUUUCUUAAUUAAUAACACCUUCACAGAAACUCUCGACUCAGCAUCCCGGCUUUUACCAAGCACAGCAAGUCCACCAUUUGAUAUUACAAAACAAAAGCCUACGUUUCACACUCCAUGCGCGUUUCGUGAAGUUCAGCUAAAUCAGCAAGGAUUUCCUACCCAAAGUCUAGACAGUAAACAGACUCCACAGCAGGGUCAAUCAAAUCUGGAGUUGAUACGCCGACCAUCAUUUACACUACCAUUUGUACCUCCUAACCGGUUGGAUUCUGGUUCAUUACAGAGUUUUGCUCCUCCGCCUCCACUUAUUUUUUCACCAUCGUCUCAACUAGUGCAUCCACCUUCUAGCGAUAACCUGAGCGAACUGUUACGAAGAAACAGCAUUAAUAACCCACUGUUUAGCAAUACCUCGACAAACUCGAUUGGUGACAAUGUACUUGUUCGAAGUAACAGUAAUUUAAAAUACGGGCUGAUUGGAGAUGUACACAUGUCCUCUAGUAGUAUUUUACAGCAAAACAAUACUCAAGUGUCUGUAGCUGCUCGCCGUGCUAGAUCAAAGAAUGCUCUGGAUCAUUUUAAGAUGAUGAAGGAAUUGAACGCAAGCUUUACUGAUUCGAUUUUGCCUUUAUCUGCAGUGAAUCAUAAUCCGGAAAUGGGUGCGUCUCUUCAAAAUCCAUGCAAGGAUAUUACUCAUGUAUUACCAUCAGAUUGCUCUGAUACUUGUUCUCCGAUUAAAAAUGCUGCUGCACUGCCCACAUCUGGUCUUGACACUCCACACCAAUCAAAAGCCCAUUUUUGUCAAGAUAAGCCGUUCAAUUCAUCGCCAAUUAAAGAAGAAUCUGAGGACAAUUUUCUUAAAUUCUCAAAGACUGACCAAGACAUACCACCACAAAAAGAAUUCUUCAACUUGGACCGACCUUUUUCACUUUCACUUGAUCCUGUUCGAUCUCCACAAAAAGAAAAAAUAGGUUUCUCUUAUGGACAAAACCCCGAUUCUUUGAAGGAGCCAGAGUCCCAUAUUGCAUUAUUCCAGCAAAGCUUUCUCAAAGAUAUUGGUGAUAAACAGCCAUACAUUAGGGCUACUGCGGUGGAUUUUGUAGAUAAACCAUCGGUUCAAAUGACGUCAUCUUUGCGUGAGCCAUUUUCGGGUACAUCUACGACAAAUAGCAUAUUUCAACAAACUCCAUUAUUUAUGAGUGACGGCGCGGCCCCACUAUCAGCUACUUCUAGUAUAUCUCAAGUUCAAAACAACAGCUCAUUCUCUACUUUUAGGCCAUCGUCUCAAUUGACUCCUUUUAUCCAAAAGGCAGCACCUACUUCUGAUGCAUUUGUCCCCGUGGUUUCAGGUGUAGAUGCACCAUCGUCGAGUGAGCCUUUAUCUUUAUUGUCUAGACAAGUUAGCAUAGAUCCAUCAUUUAGAUUUAGCCCGUUCAAAAAUCGGCAAGUUCCUAUUAUAUCCCACCAACAGAAAUCGAGCAGCUUGGCAGUAGACAUCGUUCCGACUUCACGCCAUGUAAGAGCCUCUCAUGAUUCAAAUGAUACUACAAAGCAUCCCACCAGAUUGGAGUCGAGAGCAAGCACGUCUUUGAAUUUCUCGACGAGUGUUGAUCACCCAUUUAGGCUUUCCUUGCCAUCCGACAUUGCACCAUUUCGAUAUCAUCAUUAUGCCGAGCAUACUCAGCAAGCAGAGUCAUCAAUUGUUCCCCAGUCCUCCACAGCCAAAGAUACCAAACAAGAAACCCAAAUCCAUUCUGACACAAUCACAUCACCAGAUGAAGUGCAUACCCAGUCAGAGCACCAUCCACACCGCCUUUAUUGGCAGCGCCUACGUUCUGCAGGACUUGGACGUAAACCCAGCGAACAUUUGGAUGAAGAAGAUGAUUUGGUAUUUAACAUGUCCGAGUUGGACGUUAGUGAUGAUCAUUUGCAAUAA